AUAAUCGCAAUUCCCAACCGUUCAUUUUACAUAUCGGCUCUUUCAACGCAUUUUCUCUAUAUUUUUAUUUCAUGUCAGUCCUUUCAAACUAAUACUGGCGCGCACUUCCAAUUCCUAUUUGCUGGCUCGAAUAAAAAAACCAAUUUUAGACAAUAAUUACAUACAGUACAAAUCAACGUUUGAUGGCCGAGGAAGCGGAGCUGCUGGUUAGUAAACUGACCGCCGCGCUGGACGACCCACGUGUAACGCAAAUCGAGUUUGUUCCGGAAUUGCCGCCGUUGCCACCACAACAACCCAGCAAUGAUAACAGCAACGACAGCGUCAAUUGUGAUUAUGAUUCGGCUGGAAUCAUCACUGCCUACCAUCCGUUUCUCAUUGGCGAUGGGUCCCUUGGCAUCCCCUUCCAGGCUAUGCCUGCUGCGCUGAAGUUUGCAACGAGGCGCCUGCAGAAUCUCACUGCCGGAAAGAAUAACUUUUACGGCGCAGCUAUUUUACCCAGCGAUGCGACGCAAGUGUGCGAUCUGACGCUGUGCAUAUUGGUGUUCAAUGCUGACCAUCAUUCGGCGUGGAACUGGAGGAAGCGAAUGAUCGAAGACGGCUGUAUUUCCCUUGACAGCGAGCUGCGUAUACUCAGCGUGUUUUCGACGUACAAGCGCCAUUGCCGAGCCAGCUUGCUUUGGCACCACAGGUGCUGGAUUGUCGAAAAAAUAAUAUCAAAUCUCUGCUGUGAGGUUGACAGCAAGCUACUGUUGGUGAACCAUGAGCAACUCAGGAAUUUGUGGGAGAUGGAGUCGAAGAAUUGUCGGCAGAGCUGUGAGAGAUACCCACGCAAUUACCAUUGCUGGGUAUAUCGGUGGUGGUGCUUUAGCCGGUAUUCCAGCAAUUUAAUGUAGAGAAUCGCGCGUGCUGCCAAGGACAAGUACAGAGCGCACUUUUUAAGGCCGAACUCGCGCAAGUUGCGCAAUGGAUUGAGCAUCAUCCGGCAGAUUAUGCCGCGUGUCACUACUUCCACUUGCUGGCAGAUACAGUUUUGAGAGGGCAAGCGGCACUGUGUCUGCCAACCAGUCCACGACGCAGGAUAUCAACCGUGCUGUCUUGAAACAGCUUAAUCACACUGAAUCGAGCAUACGGUCUCUCUAUGCUAGUUACGAGUCAGUAUGGUAUCACCGGCGCUGGUGCAUAAUAACGGUGGCAAAUGACGACAGGGCAGCGAUCGCAGCAACGGUUGAUGAAGAGCUCGAGUUUGCUGAAUCAGUGCUCAAGCGCCACGAGAACGAUCAGACCAUAUCGACCUGGUGACAAAGCACAAGGCGUGGCUUGCGUCGAGCUCUGCUGAGAAAGUUGGCUGGCAACAAAUAUUUU